CAAAAAGUCAUUGCUGUCAAAUUAGCGGCUGUCACUUGUCAAACUUAAGUACAUACCUUCUCCAAACAAGUUCCAUUUAUUCUGUAAAUUUAAUAUCUCAAGAAAGAUAAAACGAUGGCUCGCGAAAGUAGUGCUGGAUUCGAUAGACAUAUAACUAUUUUCUCGCCUGAAGGCCGGCUGUACCAAGUUGAAUAUGCUUUAAAAGCAAUAAACCAAGGCGGGUUGACGUCCGUGGCCUUGCGCGGCGCGGACACCGCGGUAGUGGCGGCGCAGCGCAAGGUCCCCGACCGGCUGCUGGACCCAUCCUCCGUCACUCAUCUCUUCCGACUCACUGAUCAUAUAGGAUGCGUGAUGACUGGCAUGACUGCCGACAGCAGGUCUCAAGUGCAGCGAGCACGUUAUGAGGCAGCCAACUGGAGGUACAAGUAUGGCUCGGAUAUCCCAGUGCACAUCUUGUGUCGCCGCAUUGCUGAUGUCUCUCAGGUGUACACACAGAAUGCAGAGAUGAGACCACUUGGCUGCACUAUGAUGCUGAUCGCUUAUGACGACGAGAAUGGUCCCUCUGUGUACAAGACGGAUCCGUCGGGCUACUACUGCUCGUACAAGGCGGUGGCCGCGGGCGCCAAGGCCACAGACGCGAACGCCUAUCUGGAGAAGAAGCUGAAGAAGCGCUCGGACCUCUCCUCGGACGACGCGGUGCAGAUGGCCAUUGCUUGUCUCUCACAAGUGCUGUCGGUGGACUUCAAGUCGUCGGAGAUCGAGGUGGGGGUGGCUAGCAAGGAAGACUCCAAGUUCAGAGUGCUGACAGAGAGUGAGAUCGACAGACAUUUAACGGCAAUUUCUGAGAAGGAUUAAAGGAUUGCUAUUAUUACAAGUGUAUAAUUUUAAUAAAAAAAUGUAAUCAUCCA